ACCGAGUAUAACGAAAAGAGAGUUCGAUAAACGGUCGUCGUACCUGAUCCCAAUGAGUUUGUAACCCUAACUUUUCUAAAUUGGGGAUGAAGAAUUGGGACCCGACCAUCGAAACGUGAUCAUCACUCUACACAAAAAGGAGAAGCGGACGAGACGUCGAACAAAACCCCUGCACUCCAAAGAAACAAGCGUCACAUUCGACAACACCUGCAGCUCCUGCCAACAAAACCCAGUUGAGAUCUCCCCCAAAACCCUUUCUCACAUAAUACCAAGAAAAUGGAAUUGUGACAGCAAAAUCAAAAGGGUUUUCUCGAUUUUGUUGUUGGAUGACGUCCCAUAGCUGGAGGGAUGCCUACAGUGGUAUGUCCGCCGACAAUAUCAAGGGUUUGAUUUUAGCAUUGUCUUCAAGUUUGUUCAUUGGUUCUAGCUUUAUUAUUAAGAAAAAAGGUCUCAAGAAAGCAGGCGCUUCUGGUAUUAGGGCAGGAAGCGGAGGAUAUUCAUACUUGUAUGAGCCUUUAUGGUGGGUAGGCAUGAUAACAAUGGUUGUUGGAGAGGUUGCAAACUUUGCAGCCUAUGCAUUUGCACCAGCUAUUUUGGUUACUCCUCUUGGGGCUCUCAGCAUUAUAAUCAGUGCUGUACUUGCACAUAUAAUUUUACGAGAAAAACUGCAUAUUUUUGGAGUUCUUGGUUGUGCUCUAUGUGUUGUGGGGUCCAUUACAAUCGUUCUACAUGCUCCUCAAGAACGUGCAAUUGAAUCAGUCACAGAGGUAUGGGAUCUUGCUACAGAGCCAGCUUUUGUUUUGUAUGGGGUGCUGGUGUUAGUAGCUGUUUUUAUACUUGUCUUAUAUUAUAUCCCAUUAUAUGGUCAUACACAUGUACUGUGCUACAUUGGAGUUUGUUCUCUAGUAGGUUCUUUGUCGGUAAUGAGUGUUAAAGGUCUUGGUAUUGCUUUGAAGCUUACUUUUUCAGGAACAAAUCAAUUAGUUUAUCCUCAGACAUGGGCUUUUACCUUCUUUGUUCUGCUUUGUAUCAUUACUCAAAUGAAUUAUUUGAACAAGGCUCUUGACACCUUCAACACGGCUGUUGUGUCUCCCAUAUACUAUGUUAUGUUCACGUCUCUUACUAUCUUGGCAAGUGUGAUCAUGUUCAAGGAUUGGGAUGGGCAAGAUCCUACACAAAUUAUCACAGAACUUUGUGGGUUUGUGACAAUUCUUUCUGGAACUUUUCUUCUUCAUAAAACCAAAGACAUGGUUGAUGGUCCAGUGAGAGUCUCCAAGCACAUGGAUGAGGAAGAUGGUAUGUAUAAUGAAGGCAUCCCUUUGAGGACGAGUAAUAUGAAUAUGAGGCUAACAUGAUGUGUUUUUUUUAGCAAACCACAUUGUAUUUUUACUUUUGGCCUUUUCAUUAGCUAGUGGAAAUCGAUUUUGUUAACUUUAAUCAUGUUUGUUAGUUAAUUAUAUCUGUCAUAUAAAUUCAGCAUGUUGAUUAUAGAAAAUGCACCUCCUUUUCUAUUAUGUAAUAUGUAUGGUGUUCAUAAGUGACAUUUCUGUUGACCUUGAUGUAUGUCAGUUAUCAAGUUUGCUAAAAAAAUCAUAUCCUAAUAACAAGACCAUAUUUAUAA